ACCUCCAGCAGCCGGACCGCAUGUACACCUGUAGUCUCUCUUCCGUCCGUCUGGAUUAAAAGAGGAAGGAGGAAAUCCAAACACAGCACUGAAAUAUGACUGGAGCCACUUGGAGGCAGCGCGCGAGGACCACAUAGGACAAAGAGGGGUCGUCUUCCUUAGAAAUUACGAUGCAUCUCAUCCGGGUGGUCUUAAUUCUGCUCGUGACAGGCAUGGCAGCAGGUUGGGAAUGCAGUGCAGGUUGCAGCAGAGAAAAUGGGUUUUGUGAAAAGCCAGGGAAGUGCAGAUGCAAACCAGGGUGGCAAGGGGAGAACUGUGACCGGUGUGUGCCGUUCCCUGGCUGUUUGCACGGCACAUGUGAGAAGGCAUGGCAGUGCAUCUGCAGUCAGGGCUGGAUAGGCAGCCUGUGUGACCAAGAUACUCGUCUGUGCUCGUCCAGGCCGUGUGCCAGCAACGCCACCUGCAUAGAGACGGGAGAGGGGGGGUACCUGUGUGCAUGUCCCCAUGGCUUCUCUGGAGAGAACUGCCAACUGGGGCAAGGACUCUGCCUCACAAACGGCUCUCCUUGUCACAAUGGAGGCACAUGCGUUGAUGCCAGUGGCUCCGCAGCUUCUCCUUCCUGUUUGUGUCCCCCUGGAUUUUCUGGAGACUUCUGUGACAUCAGUGUUGACAGCUGCCAGCCUAACCCCUGCCUCAACGGUGGCAACUGUACAAACCACGGCCUCGCUUUUACAUGCGCCUGCCCACUCAGCUUCACUGGUUUCACGUGUAACGACACCAGCCUGUCUCCCUGCGCCGGUCAGCCCUGUGCCAAUGAGGGAACGUGCAUCGGUCAGCCCGACGGAACGUUUCGCUGCGCUUGCCAGAAAUGGUUUACGGGUCCCACGUGUUCUCUUCAUCACAGACCCAAGACCAGAUCCAAGCCUGCUGGUGCCAAGCCAGUGGACCACAGAGUGUUUGCUCUUGCUCCACAGCACUACUCCCUCCCUGCCCACGCCUUUCAUAAGCUGCUGAGACCUCCGGAGAGAGAUCUGCUUAAGAUCACCCUGAAGGAGACGGUGCACCCUUCUCGCGUCCUUGUCACCCACGGUCAGCUCAUCUGCUUCGGCAUACUGGCCUUGCUCACCUGCCUUGUUAUCUUGGGCACCACAGGAAUCGUGUUCUUUGGCCGCUGCGAGACGUGGCUGGCUAAUGCAAAGUACAGCCAGCUCGUUCGACAGCAAAGGGAACACCUGCUGAAAGAGGUCGGCAGCACGAGCCAGGAAGAGCCGGAGCACUCGGUAAACAUCAUCCUGCCAGAAAAGAUUAGACUCUCCAGCUUUGGGAGGCAUUACACCUCCAUCUGAUUUAAAAACGCCUCCUCCUGUUACCUGCUCUCAGGGGAAGGAGUCGAAAUGAAUGU